AUGGCAAAGGAACCAACUACAGAAGCUCAGAUCAAUUCCGGCAAAACGAAGCCGGCGCGGGUAAGUGACACUCACACUGAUGAAUCGUUGGGCACAACUAUCAAUCCUACAGUUAAUGUCGUUGCCCCUCCGAAAGUAUUGGGAUCGAUUGAAAUCCCCGAUUCCACAACCCCUGCAUCACAGUCAUUUAAAGCUACCUUUGUUUCCUUUGUGGACCCUAAUUCGUCUUUUGGGCCUAGGAAAAAUCCUAUCCUUGGGCCAAUUGAAAAUUUGUUCCCCUUUGGGUGUUUUGGACCAUUCCCAACAAAUAAUGGCACUCCUAUAUUCUCGUUUACUUCUAAGCAGGAAAAAAAAAUGAAUGCACAUUUGAUCGUGAUUCAAAUGGUGGUAGUCCUAAACCUAAAAAACGUAAGUGGGAUAACGUGCGAUUAUGCACAAAUUAAACCCCUUCAUUCCAUUUUAAAUUAG